CUUGGUUUUAUUUAAUUGCGAUCACUACUCAACUAGAAUGAUGGAUAGAAGAGAAUAUCAACUGUUUCUAAGAGAAUCCAAUCUAGAGUUUGAUGUAAAAGUGGAAAUUGAGAGUAAUUGUGGCACAAAUUUGGAUAAGUAUAUGUUAAACAAAUUAAAUUAUUAUGAUUAUGACCGUAAUACUACUCCAUUCGAUCAGUAUAAAAACCCAAUCCGAUUUCGAUCAAAAUCUUCAUCGCCAUCAUCAUCACCUUCACAAUCGAUACAGAGAAUGUCACCUAAACCUGUUAUGCCUUAUAUUCUGCCAAAUUUGAACACAAAAUUGUUGACUGGAAAUCCCAGUGGUCUACAAUGUCUACUGGAGGAAAUGUUACUAUCUCGUGGUCUUUGCAUGAUUUCUUUUCAAUCACCACUUCAUAAUUAUCAAAUCGGGAAACAGCUGGGUGACACUAAUUCGAAUGAAAUGACUGCAUAUCGUGGAAGCCGUGGAAAUGAUGCACUUUACGAGGAUAAAGAUAUCGCAUUUCUCGGAAGUCGCAGUGUGGGCACAAGACUGAUGACCAAUAGUCCACCACCAUUAUGCCUACCACCAGCUCAAUCAAUUAGACCGCUUCCAACUAAGGUAUACAUCAGAGAUGUCAGUAUUCAGUGUGAUAUUACACAAAAAUAUUCAAUGAAUGAAUCACCGAUUCAGGCAAAGAAAAAUCAUUCUAGUGAUGCAUCAGUCGACUGCAAACCAAGUGAUAUGGUGAAGAAAUCAGAUAUGCAUGAAGUUGAAAUUAUGACAAAUAUGCCAGCGAUCAAAUCACCCCUGAGAACAAAACAAAAGUCUGUCCGCCUUAUGGUAAGACCACAUUCAAGAAGUGUGAAACUUCAAACACCAUCAAGCCUGGCGUCAUAUAAUCCAGAAAAUAAACCGAUUAAAAGUCCAAUGUGUAAAAAUCUUUGUAUAUCUGUGGAUAAAACGCAUCGUCAGUCAGUAUCAUCACCACACUCGACUAUUUCUUCAACUAUCUCUCCAAAUAUUAUUAACAAUAAUAAUAGUACUAAUAAUAUCAAUGCAGCAGUAAACUAUGAUUCUCAAAGUCCUUACUCUCCUCUGGGUGAUGCGGAAAGUGUUCAUUCUAUUGAAACUGAUAGUUGGGUAUGGCCGACAACUCUAUCAAUGAAAAGUGAUAAGAAUUCCUCGAGUCAAUUAUUAAGCAAUACACUUGAUAAUGAUAAUGAAAUUAUAGCAAAAGAUAAUUCUCAUAAAAAUAAUUCAUCUCAUUCACCAGAUAGUAUAUCCAAUAGAACUUUUACUCAGUUACCUGGUAUUUCGUCUACUGAAUAUACAGCUACUAAAUUUAUGUUCGGUGGAGAAGUUCAAAUAGGUUUAACAAUAGCACGUUAUAUUGAAGAAAAUUUGAAUAUUGAUGAAACAGCAUCAUCAUCACCAUCAUCUUAUGACUGGCCAGAAGAUAAUAUUUUACAAGAUUUACGAAAACGUCGAGCUGAUUGUAUUGAGAAAAUGAAGUUAAUCAUGAAACAAAUUCACGAGCGAGAAAAGGAACUGAUAAAUAAUAACUCAGCGUAUCCUGAAUAG